AUGGUCUCUGUGGCCGUGGUUGCAGAUAAAUGCCCCGCCUUAGAUUCGCUCAUGCGAGGAGAGAUGUCAGAGAGCCUAGCUGGUGAAGCUAAAUGGAAGGAUACGGGUCAAGGAACCUUUUUGCGGUUUAUCGAGUUUGCAUACACAGGAGAUUACUCGAUCCCGCAGAGCAGUAUCGUAAAAGCCAGCGAUCAGCACCUUGAACAAGAUCUACACACAGACAUGGUUAAAGAGGAUGCUAUGCCACAAGAGGUUUUCCCAUCUCCUCCCGAACACUGGGUGAAUUGGAGAGUAUCAUCUUCGAAGAAGGACAAGAAGCGAAGAGCAACGGGCGAGGCAUAGGAACAGGAAAGGGAAUGCAAUUAGGAGAAUCCAGGAUAGAUUCGAGUGCUGUGGGUUCAAUGCGAUCGUGCAUGGCCCUUCCCGCGUAGAAAGCCGGAAGAUGGGUAUAGGGCAGAUCAAUGUAAAAGUAUGUUUGGGCGAGAUAGGCCAUGUGUAGGGCCGUGGAGGCAAGCGGGGCAGAUCAAUGAUGGGUUGUUCUUCGAUCCUACAAUCACCCCGCCUAACAAUAUUGAUUGGUGUUCGCUCACUAUCGUUUAAAGGUCGUCAAAUUAGAAGGGUUACCGCCUCA